AUACUUUCAGACUAACGUCAGUGUCCUGCAUUGGACAAGGAAAAAGAUUCGCUCUGUAGACUGUCACCUUCCUGGGACCUUCUCAGGCUUGGGGUCUCAGCGGUGGGAAGAAGUUAACAGGCACUGAUCUGAGAGAGAAUCUUCCUCCUGAGAAGCUGCCCCUCAUAGGAUGUCUCUUACCUUCCAGGUGGCUCAGAUCCUGAUUGGGCUGAUAAUACUGUGCCUGGGUGUGACAAUCAGUACUUUCCCCCUAUAUGACUAUGAUUCUCAAUUUUGCCUUACCACUGAAAUACGCUAUCACCUAUGGGGACCCUUCUCUUUCUUCAUAUCUGGAGCGCUGUCCAUUGCUGCUGGAAGGAAAGUAACCAAGGGUUUGAUCCAAGGCAGCCUGGGAAUGAAUACAGUCAGUGCCACCGUAGCAGGCAUUGGCAUAAUUGUGAUAAUUUUUGAAGAAAUAAUCAUGUAUGACACAGUGAUGUGGAAGUCUUCCUAUGAAGUUGCAUUUAUAGGCAUGCUAACCGGACUGCUGCUCUUGUCUCUGGCAGAAGGCUGCAUUGCUCUGGCUCUCUCCAUAUUUGUGUGCAGGGCGGCCUGUUUCGUCAACAAGGUGGUGGUUUUCUUGCCAAAUAAUGACAACAGCCCCUCUCCUGACCAUUUGUAUGAUGAGGUCGCAUUUCAAUAGAUCCCUGCGGUGUGGCAUUUCCAGUCAGUUUGACCUAUCGAAUCUCCCUCUGUUGGCUGUUUACCACAUGGGACUAAGACUGAGAGUACAUCUGUCUGACUGUU